GAAAAUAGCUCUGCUUCAAUAUGUACUUGUAUAAUUUGACGCUCCAAAAGGGUACCGGCGUCACGCAUGCCGUGCACGGAAAUUUUUCAGGCGGUAAACAGCAGGAGGUGCUGCUGUCACGUGGCAAGUCGCUGGAACUGCUGCGACCCGAUCCUAACACGGGCAAAGUUCACACGCUGAUGUCGACGGAAAUAUUUGGUUGCAUACGUGCGCUAAUGGCCUUCCGUCUAACAGGCGGCACAAAAGAUUAUAUUGUCGUGGGAUCAGAUUCUGGACGCAUUGUUAUUUUGGAGUACAUGCCCAGCAAGAAUGCCUUGGAAAAAGUACAUCAGGAGACCUUUGGAAAAUCGGGCUGCCGCCGCAUUGUGCCGGGACAGUACUUUGCCAUUGAUCCCAAGGGCCGUGCCGUGAUGAUUGGUGCUGUUGAGAAACAAAAGCUGGCCUACAUCAUGAACCGAGAUACCCAGGCACGACUAACCAUAUCUUCACCUCUGGAGGCACACAAGUCCAACACCUUAACCUACCAUAUGGUGGGCGUGGACGUUGGCUUUGAUAAUCCCAUGUUUGCUUGUCUGGAAAUCGAUUACGAGGAAGCUGACUUGGAUCCAUCAGGGGAUGCAGCUCAACGGACGCAACAGACGCUCACAUUUUACGAACUUGAUUUGGGCCUCAAUCAUGUUGUUCGCAAGUACUCUGAACCACUCGAAGAACACGCAAACUUCUUGGUUUCUGUGCCAGGUGGCAAUGACGGACCCUCUGGCGUGCUUAUUUGCUCUGAGAACUAUCUGACCUACAAGAACUUGGGUGAUCAGCAUGAUAUACGUUGUCCCAUACCUCGUAGACGCAAUGAUCUUGAUGAUCCUGAGCGGGGAAUGAUCUUUAUAUGCUCCGCAACUCAUCGUACCAAGAGCAUGUAUUUCUUUCUGCUACAAACAGAGCAGGGCGAUAUAUUCAAGAUAACCCUUGAGACCGAUGAUGAUGUGGUUUCCGAAAUCAAGCUAAAGUACUUUGAUACAGUGCCCCCUGCGACAGCGAUGUGUGUGCUGAAGACUGGCUUUCUGUUUGUGGCCAGUGAAUUUGGCAACCAUUACUUGUACCAAAUAGCACAUCUGGGCGAUGAUGAUGAUGAACCCGAAUUCAGUUCUGCUAUGCCACUGGAAGAGGGUGAAACAUUCUUCUUCGCUCCACGUGCAUUAAAGAAUCUCGUUCUGGUCGAUGAGUUGCCAUCCUUUGCACCUAUUAUCACCUCCCAAGUGGCUGAUUUGGCCAAUGAGGAUACGCCACAGUUGUAUGUGCUGUGUGGGCGUGGACCGCGCUCCACACUCCGUGUACUGCGGCAUGGUCUUGAAGUAUCAGAGAUGGCUGUCUCCGAGUUGCCCGGUAAUCCGAAUGCCGUGUGGACUGUCAAGAAACGCAUUGACGACGAGUUUGAUGCCUAUAUCAUUGUCUCCUUCGUGAAUGCUACACUGGUUCUGAGCAUUGGCGAGACCGUCGAAGAAGUGACGGACAGUGGUUUUCUAGGCACUACGCCAACAUUGUGUUGUGCUGCACUGGGAGACGAUGCUCUGGUCCAAGUCUAUCCAGAUGGCAUUCGUCAUAUACGCUCCGAUAAGCGAGUGAAUGAGUGGAAGGCGCCCGGCAAGAAAUCCAUCACAAAAUGUGCUGUCAAUCAACGUCAGGUGGUCAUUACGCUCUCUGGUCGCGAGUUGGUCUACUUCGAAAUGGAUCCGACUGGUGAACUGAACGAGUAUACGGAACGGUCGGAAAUGCCUGCAGAGAUCAUGUGCAUGGCUCUGGGCACGGUGCCAGAGGGCGAGCAGCGAUCUUGGUUCUUAGCAGUUGGUCUGGCUGAUAAUACUGUGCGCAUACUUUCUCUGGAUCCCAAUAAUUGCCUCUCUCCGUGCUCUAUGCAGGCGCUACCCUCGCCGGCCGAGUCGUUGUGUUUGGUCGAAAUGGGUCAUACGGAGAGUACCACCAAUGCCGGUGCAGACGAUGAUGUGCCGGCACAACGCAGCGGCAGCAAUAAGGGCACCAUAUAUCUGAAUAUUGGAUUAAGUAACGGUGUCUUACUGCGUACUGUGCUGGAUCCUGUAUCUGGCGAUUUGGCGGAUACCCGAACACGCUAUUUGGGUUCGCGUCCGGUGAAACUGUUCCGCAUCAAGAUGCAAGGCGCUGAAGCCGUGUUGGCCAUGUCUAGCCGCACCUGGUUGUCCUACUAUCACCAGAAUCGAUUCCAUUUGACACCGCUGUCGUAUGAGACGCUAGAAUAUGCUUCAGGCUUCUCUAGCGAACAGUGUAGUGAGGGCAUUGUGGCUAUAUCGACUAACACACUGCGUAUCCUCGCUUUGGAGAAACUGGGCGCCGUUUUCAAUCAGGUGGCCUUUCCAUUGCAAUUCACGCCGCGAGCCUUUGUCAUACAUCCGGAUACGGGUCGCAUGUUGAUUGCUGAAACGGAUCAUAAUGCGUACACCGAAGAAACGAAGAAUGCGCGUAAGGAGCAAAUGGCUGAGGAAAUGCGUAGCGCUGCUGGCGAAGAGGAGCGCGAACUGGCCAGAGAAAUGGCCAAUGCCUUCAUCAAUGAGGUGCUGCCCGAGGAUGUGUUCUCUGCACCCAAGGCAGGACUCGGCUUAUGGGCUUCACAAAUACGCUGCCUAGAUGCCAUGCACGGCCAAACAAUGUUCACUGUGCCACUGACACAGAACGAGGCUAUCAUGUCUAUGGCCAUGCUUAAGUUCUCCGUUGCUGCUGAUGGUCGCUAUUAUUUGGCAGUGGGCAUUGCCAAGGAUCUGCAGCUGAAUCCGCGGAUCUCGCAAGGUGGAUGCAUUGAUAUCUACAAAAUUGAUCCAACCUGCUCAGCGCUGGAAUUUCUACAUCGUACUGAGAUCGAGGAGAUACCCGGCGCAUUGUGUGGUUUCCAGGGUCGCCUACUAGCAGGCUGUGGUCGCAUGCUGCGCAUCUAUGAUCUGGGCAAGAAGAAGAUGCUGCGCAAGUGCGAGAAUAAACACAUUCCCUACCAGAUUGUCAACAUUCAAGCGAUGGGCCACCGUGUCUAUGUCUCUGAUGUUCAGGAGUCUGUAUUCUUCAUACGCUAUCGGCGCGCCGAGAAUCAGCUCAUCAUAUUCGCUGAUGAUACCCACCCGCGUUGGGUAACGGCUACAACUCUGUUGGAUUAUGAUACCAUUGCUAUUGCUGAUAAGUUUGGUAAUCUGAGCAUUCAACGCCUGCCGCAUUCAGUCACCGAUGAUGUGGACGAAGAUCCCACUGGCACGAAGUCGCUCUGGGAUCGUGGAUUGCUGUCGGGUGCCUCGCAGAAGUCUGAGAACAUUUGCUCGUUCCAUGUGGGAGAGAUUAUCAUGUCGCUCCAGAAGGCCACUCUCAUUCCCGGAGGCUCCGAAGCGCUCAUCUAUGCCACAUUGAGCGGCACCGUUGGCGCUUUCGUGCCGUUCACUAGUCGUGAGGACUACGACUUCUUCCAGCACUUGGAGAUGCACAUGCGCAAUGAAAACCCGCCCUUAUGUGGUCGGGAUCAUCUCAGCUACCGCAGCUCAUACUAUCCUGUGAAGAACGUGCUGGACGGUGAUCUCUGCGAACAGUAUUUAUCUAUUGAUGCAGUAAAGCAGAAGAGUAUCGCGGGUGACAUGUUCCGCACGCCCAAUCAAAUCUGUAAGAAGCUCGAGGACAUACGCACACGCUAUGCGUUCUAAAUAGUUGAUUUUGAAUGCUUAAGAGGA